GCCGGAGCAGCUCGCGCGGCCGCCAUGGCCCAGCCGGGGAGGCUCAGCGCCAGUUCUCCGGCGCAGAACGGGGCCGUCUCCGCCGCGGGGCCGCCCUACAGCAACGGUCCUGUGCAAAACCCAUUGAUGCAUUCACAAGUUUCAGCGAGCCAAGGAUACAGUUCUCCGUUUCCAGGAUCUUACCCUCAUCAGAUACCAGCAAAGAUUCCUUUGAAUCCAGCCUCUGGACCAUAUAAUUAUGGUGGUUCUCAGACUGUUUCUUCAUUAAAUAGUUAUCAGGGACCUGGGCAGACUCUCAGUAGACUUCCCUUGGAACCUAAUCCAGUGGCAUCUUUGCAGUCAACUGUCCCUGUUCCCCGAAUGCCACCACCACCUUCAUCUCAAACCCCAGCUGCUGUACCAACAUCUUCUGAUAGCUUUCUUUAUGGACCUGACCCCUCACCAUCUUCAAACUGGCAAUAUGGUCAUCCACCAGUGGGAUCGAAAAUAAAUCAUUUUGUUCCUGUAUUGACCCAGCCAUCCUUAUCAGGGAAUACAAAUCUGUCAAGAAAUAAUCAGGAUCUUUCUCUUGGAGCUCCUUCACUUCAAAACAACUACAUGAAAACAGGCUCUGUACCUCCACCAACAAAUCAGCCUUUACCUACAAUUUAUCAACCAACUCGAGCUCCACUUGGACCACCUCCAUCUGGAGGCCCACCUCCAGUAAGAUCGUUGGAUCCCCAGAGCAAAACAUCAAACAGUGUUCCACCCCAACCACAGCUUAACUCAGCUGUGAACCAAGGUGAUACGUCAACUGCCAAUAAUGGCUCUGUGGUUGAGAAUACUUAUGAUACAAUUGAAGGAGGUGGCUUCAUGGCAGCACCACAACUUGCCAGCCAGAAUCCCAAAACAAGUCAAAAUGUUGGCUAUUCAUAUCCCUCCUUACCACCUGGUUAUCAAAAUACAUCUCUCCCUAAUAUGUCAGGAAGGCCAUCCACAGCCUUGCAGUACACCAGUGGGCUGCAGCCAUUUUCUCAGUCUCCCUUAGGUGCUAAUCAUUUAACCACAAGCAUGGGUGGGUUAAGUCUUCAUCCAGAAGGACUACGAGUUAUCAAUCUUCUUCAAGAAAGAAAUAUGCUUCCGACAACCCCUUUGAAGGCUCCUGUCCCAAACUUGCAUGAAGACAUACAGAAACUUAACUGUAACCCAGAGUUGUUUCGGUGUACUUUGACUAAUAUUCCUCAGACUCAGGCCUUAUUGAACAAAGCCAAACUUCCUUUAGGGCUACUGCUACAUCCUUUCAAGGACUUAUUGCAAUUGCCUGUGGUUACCUCCAGUACAAUUGUGAGAUGCCGUUCAUGCAGAACAUAUAUCAACCCUUUUGUCAGCUUUCUUGACCAAAGGAGAUGGAAGUGUAACUUGUGUUAUAGAGUCAAUGAUGUUCCUGAAGAAUUUAUGUACAAUCCUGUGACCAGAGUAUAUGGAGAUCCUCUUAGAAGACCUGAAGUUCAAAAUGCUACUAUUGAGUUUAUGGCUCCUUCAGAAUAUAUGUUACGUCCACCUCAACCUCCUGUGUACCUCUUUGUGUUUGAUGUGUCUCACAAUGCAAUUGAAACUGGAUAUUUGAAUUCAGUUUGCCAGAGUUUGCUGGACAAUCUAGAUUCGCUUCCUGGUAACACUCGAACAAAAAUUGGCUUUAUAACAUUUGACAGUACAAUCCACUUCUACAGUCUUCAAGAAGGUCUCUCUCAGCCUCAGAUGCUAAUAGUUUCAGAUAUUGAAGAUGUGUUCAUACCAAUGCCAGAAAACUUACUUGUAAAUUUAAAUGAAAAUAAAGAGCUUAUUCAAGACUUACUGAAAACUUUGCCACAAAUGUUUACCAAAUCUUUGGAAACACAGAGUGCUCUGGGACCUGCGCUUCAGAGUGCCUUUAAGUUGAUGUCUCCUACUGGUGGUCGAAUCUCUGUUUUCCAAACACAGAUUCCGUCAAUCGGAGUAGGAGCAUUAAAAUCUCGAGAAGAGCCUAACCAAAGAUCAUCUGCUAAGGAAAUACAUCUUACACCAUCUACUGACUUCUAUAAGAAGUUAGCCUUGGAUUGUUCUGGUCAGCAAGUAGCAGUUGAUUUGUUUCUUCUCAGUGGGCAGUAUUCUGACCUGGCUUCAUUAGGUUGUAUUUCGAGAUAUUCAGCAGGUAGUGUCUAUUAUUAUCCAUCUUAUCAUCAUCAGCACAACCCAGUCCAAGUAGAGAAGUUACAGAAGGAGUUGAAACGAUACUUAACCAGGAAGAUUGGUUUUGAGGCUGUCAUGAGGAUAAGGUGUACCAAAGGUCUUUCCAUUCACACCUUCCAUGGAAAUUUCUUUGUGCGAUCAACAGACUUGCUGUCCUUGCCCAAUGUGAACCCAGAUGCUGGAUAUGCAGUGCAGAUGUCAGUAGAAGAGAAUCUCACUGACAUUCAAGUGGUUUCUUUUCAGUCAGCACUCUUAUAUACAUCUAGCAAAGGUGAAAGGAGGAUUCGUGUGCAUACUAUGUGUUUACCAGUAGUUUCAACACUGAAUGAAGUCUACCUUGGAGCUGAUGUUCAAGCAAUUUCAGGAUUAUUGGCAAAUAUGGCUGUUGACAGAUCCACUACUGCCAGUCUGAGUGAUGCUCGUGAUGCCCUUGUGAAUGCCGUAAUAGAUUCUCUGUCUGCUUACCGCACUUCAGUCCUAAAUAGUCAGCAGCCUGGUCUCUUGGUUCCCUUUUCUUUACGUCUCUUCCCACUUUUUGUGUUAGCUCUUCUUAAACAGAAAUCAUUCCAAACUGGGACUAGUGCUCGUCUAGAUGAACGUAUUUUUGCUAUGUGUCAAGUGAAAAAUCAGCCCCUGGUUUACCUCAUGCUCAUGACCCAUCCCAAUCUGUAUAGAGUUGACAAUCUCUCAGAUGAGGGAGCCCUCAACAUCAAUGAUAAAACUAUACCUCAGCCACCUAUUCUGCAGCUAUCUGCGGAGAAGUUGAGCAGGGAUGGAGCUUUCCUUAUGGAUGCAGGCACUGUAAUGAUGUUGUGGGUUGGAAAAAAUUGUGGACAAAAUUUUCUCAGCCAAGUUCUUGGAGUUCCAAACUAUGCAUCUCUACCACUGAAUAUGACAUACCUUCCAGACCUUAAUACAGCAGAAUCUGCAAGAAUAGGAGGUUUUAUCUCAUGGCUUAGAGAACAUAGGCCAUUCUUUCCAGUACUUUAUAUAAUAAGGGAUGAGAGUCCGAUGAAAGCAACUUUCCUUCAGUACAUGGUAGAAGACAGAACAGAAUCUGCCUUAUCAUAUUAUGAGUUUCUCCUGCAUGUACAACAGCAAGUAAAUAAAUGAACAAAUGAAGAAUGUGGAUCAACUUUUCCCAAGGAAAAUCAUUAGAGUUGAGAACACUUGAGCUUGUAAUGCCCUCUUUUGAAAAAAACUUUUUUUAUUAAUUUUGUGGCCUAGUGUGAUGGUUAAGAUAUUUUCACUGUGAUUUUCAACAAACUUCAGCAAAUAAUGGACCACAAAAGAAAAUCAAACAUGCAUCUAAAGAUACUGUAUUUUUCAAAUCAAAAUAUAUCUAAAUAUGAUUAGGCACCUUUUUAUUUGCUGCCAAUUAUGUUUGAGUGGUUGUAGACUGAAGUAAGUUAAAGAUAAUAUUGAGGCAAAUUACAUUUUGUAAAAUAAAGACUUCUCUGUUGCUCAAAAUGUAUAUUAUUUUUUAUUUUUGCUGAAUUUUUUGCUGCUACAAUUAAAACCUCACAUGACUUAAGUGUUUCAGGGAAGUUAUAUCCACUGAUAAGACCUUUAAAGAAAAAUAAAAAGUUUAAUCCACUGAUAAAGUAAAUGGAUAUUUGAAAACCUUUGUUAUUCCCUUUUUUUUUAGAAAAAAAAGUUAUCAUGUUAAAUAGAACUAAUAUUAACUUUUUCUUAGUUCAAGAGGGAAAUAUGAAGUAGUACAUUCAAGCUUUUAAAUCCAUCAGUAUUCUUUAUACUUGAAGGACAAAGCCCUGAUGCAGCAAAAACUAUAAUUAAGUGUUUAUUUGAUUUGGCUGCAGUAAGACUCGACUGUAUAUUCAGCCUUAUUCUGCAUUGAAAAUAAUCUGAGCUCAGUAGGCAUAAAUAUUGUGAUUUUUUUUUUCCUAAUAAGGAGAAAGAGUAAUGCCUCUAUAUUAGGGAGAUGUGAAUCUUUAAUGUUCUUGAUCCUUUGUGAGUUAUUUUUUGAUAUGUUUCUGGUCUCUCUUGUAUUUCAUCAACUUUCUGGCAUAUAAUGAAAAAUAAAAAUAAUCUUUUGAUGAAAUAUGGAUGAAUGAAAAAGAUCAAAUGUUUAAUAUUGUUUGAAAUGCACCAGAAACUUUUUUGGGAGUAUGAAUGAUGAAAUUGGAAAUAGUGCAUAAAUAAUUUUAUUCUUGGAAAUGAAAAUUUAUUAAAGCAUGAAUAGAUUAUGAUUCAGUGGAUUUUUUUAAGUUUUCAUAAAUUUUAUUUAAUGAAGUUAAUUUUUUUAAAAGGCCUGCUUUCAGGACUUGCUCAGAAAUUAUGGGUUUCAGUUCAGCAAAGGAAAUAUUGAAGCCAAAACUAUUCAAGGCAUUUUGUUUACUUAUUUAGUUAAUGUGCAUCUAUAUAUUUAAAAUGCAAUGAUAAAUAUUAAUUUAAAGAAUUUGACUCAAGGAUUUUUCACAAAUUCAUCUUUCCUUGUGAGUAACAACUCAUUAAUAAAUGAUGUUUCCUUUUAUUAAUACUCAGCAGAAGCUUUUUUAUAUUAAUGGAAUAUAAAUGUGUUUACAAUGUUGGCCUAGGUUGAUCACCAAAUGGAAUAGUAAUAGUUAAGAUUUAUAUCAGUAUAAGCUGUACUUAAAUUUAACUGAGUUGCCUUGAUACAAGGAAAAAAAUAGGUUUUACCUGGGAAUAGAGCUGCUGUUUUCAAGUUGGAUCAGAAAAAACUAAACAUAAUUGUAUUAUUUCUGAAGAAACCUAUGCCAUCCCCAAGCAAUGUCAGGCUCUAUUCUCACUAUUCAAGUCCAUUGUACUGGAAGCUUUGCGAAAAUUCUUACCAAUGUAUAAUUUAUGAUUUUUUAAAUUUGGUGUGUAAUAGCUUUCAAAUUAUAACAAAAUAGAAGUUUUUUUUCCUCUGUAAUAAAAUUCAUUUCACCUUAUCAUGUGUUGACAUUUCUCAAAAGAACUAAAAUUCUUAUAAAAAUAAGAAUUGCACAUUAUUUUAUUUUUUAAAACCCUUUGAGAAGUUAAAGAAGAAGCUUCCAGGGUGGGAGGUACAUCCUUCUAGGGAGAGAAAUCCUCCUUUGCCUCAAACAUCCCUACAGUGGGAAUGGUUCUUAUUUGCUUGACAUGCUUUAUUAGCAUAUUUCACAAAUCUACUUAUUUUUUUAACUCCUAUUUUAGAUAUUGUCCAAUUUAUGUGUGAACUAGAAUAAUUAUAACUUUCAAUCCAUGGGUCAUAAUGAAUAUUCCAUUUAGCAUUCUCCAUGUUUGGUCUGUAAUUUCUAUAAACAGUGAAUGAAUGAAUGAAUGCUCUUGGAGACAGAAUGCUUUUGGAAUUGUUGAUACUUAGGUAAUUAUUCUUUGCAAUAUGAAAUUUUCCUUUUUAAUUUUAUUCCCAAUAGUGGGCACCUGACCUACUGUCUCAUCUUCCAUUACAUUUUGAUGUUGUAAAACACACCAAUAUUUACACAAUGCCAUAUUUUUCAAUGUAGCUGUAAACUAUUAGAAAUGCUUGCAUUUUCUAUAGCUCUACAACUGCUAAAGGUAACAAGCAAGAGCAAGUUUGUUACCUGUUCUGGAGCAGUGACAGUCCUACCACAGCAAAUGCACUCUAUUUUUCUAGUUUCUGGGAUUUUAAAAAUAAUAUAUCUAUAAGUUUGACUUACUAGCAUUCAGUCAAAAGCAGUAAUCUUAAUUUGCAUAUAUUUUCAUUAUUUUUAAUUUAAUAUAUUGAGUCUAAUAGACUGUUUUGUAAUAAUUAGAAUAAAAUUUAUUCAUUUAACAAUAAUCAAAGAUGCAUAACAGCUAUUAUCUAGGGGACCAUCAAAUGUGAUUUUAUGUUUUUGUUCCAUAUUACAAUGUAAUCCUUAUAGUAAAUUUUAAUUUUGUAAAGUAGUGUAUAAUAUUGUAACAUUAAAUUCUUGUUCUCAAACCCAAAUACAUAUUGUUCUUCAGUGUGAUGUGUUAAAUCUUGCCCCUUUGAAACAUUAAGAGCCAAGAUUUACUUGUCCUCUUUUUUUUUAUAGUUUGUAAUUUUCACUGUAAAAAGAAAAGUCAUUUGUAACACAUGCAAAUUCUUAUUUUAUCUGUACUAACUUAUCAGUUUGGCUACUCAACAAAGUUAGUUGAAAGAACUUACAACAGAUGGCCAGUCAUUUGGACUGAUGGAAGCACCAUACUGUAAAACAAACCAAUCUGAGUUAUGUUGCAGUAUGUUCUGUAUUAUUAUGAUCAUGGGAAACACUACAUCUGGCUUUGGGAGUUAGACUGUUAUUUCCUGUUGACACUGAGUACAUAGAAGCUUUGUGUCUAAACGUCAUUUGUAAAGUGAGAACACUAAGCUACCUCAGGAAUGUUGGGAUCAAAUAAAAAUUGCAUACUAAAGUGCAUUGAAAAUAGUAGUGUGACAGCAUGGCUUUGUUUUUUCCCUUAAAUGGAUUAAUUUAGCCAUCCAUAUAUCCACUCAGUAAAGAGAGAACUUACACAGUGGAUAGAACCCCUUCAAGAAGGCCUGGAUUCUAUUGUUCUGCGCGCACCCCCCCCCCCCCCCCCCGCACUAUGGACCAGAGCAAGUCACUAAAACUCUCAGAGUCUGCGCCAGUUUUUAGGACUAUACAUUGCUGAGUAGCUAUUGAUCUGUAUUAGUAGGGGAAAAUUCUUCACCAAGAUAACCUUAUAGCAAUGAAAUUGUAGGCUGGGACAAACAAAAUACAAAACAUCCAUUUUACUUUAAAAGUAAUUAGAAUUCUUAUCCAGGCUUUGCAUAUUUGCAAGACAAAAAAUGCCCUAUAUUCCUUACUUUGUGGUUCAUUUUGGAAUUCAAAAAAAACCUACAUAUUUGGUUUUUUAAACUCAGAUUUGGGGUGAGUGGCUUAGAAUCUACGAGCCUCAGCUCUGAGAUAGUUAUAAUCUUUUUUAUUUUUGAGGCAAAGUUUAAUUAUGAAUAAUUUGAUAGCUCUCAAGCUUUUUAAAUAUGAAGGAUCCUUUUUGGUAUCACAUUUAAAGGACCCAUGAAAUCAUUCCCUUGAUUGAAGAAAUUAUGAAAAAAGCUACUUAUGAAUCCAAUAACCUUUUAAAAUGAAUUUGUAUUUUAAUUACAGAAUCUAUAUACAUUUGAAAAAUACUAAUUCAUAUGUGAGAAUACCAUGUAUACAGAAAUGCUCAUUUUGCUCGGUGUUGAAGUUCAGAAUAAAGGAAUAAAAAAAGCACAUAUGUUA